UAUUGUAUGCGCACAGAGUCCACCACUGGCGCAUAAGAUUCCAACCUCGAAUUCCUACAAUUCGGCUCGCCCGAAUCAAGCUACAUCACACAGCCCACAAUGGCUUCCUCAGACAGCUCCUCCGGCGGAGCUCCCCCGGGCUCAGUCAAUCUCGCCUCCCUUUCCGUGCCCCAACUCCGCUCCCUGCAGACCCGUCUCACCUCCGAGCUCGAGCACCUGACGACCUCACACGCGAAGCUGCGCGCCGCGCAGGCCAAGUUUCGGGACUGUGUGAAUUCGAUCAACGACGGUGUGACUGGCUCAGCGAAGAAGGGUACCGAUGGCCGGGAUGAGAUUCUAGUGCCUCUGACCAGCUCGCUGUAUGUGAAGGGUCGAUUGACGGAUCGGGAGAAGGUCCUUGUUGAUGUUGGAACUGGUUUCUACGUUGAGAAGACUUCUGAGAAGGCAGUUGCUUUCUAUAAUGACAAGGUCAAGGGUCUGGAUGCGAAUCUACAGGAGCUGGAGAAGAUUGUACAGGGCAAGAACCAGCAGUUGCGAAUUGUUGAGGAGGUCCUCCGACAGAAGAUGCUUAGCGGCGAGGCGCCAGCGCAGACUGCUGAUACGGCUGCAUGAUAAACAUCCACGCGCAGUUUAUGAGUGCGAAGAUGUCCUAGAAAUACCAAAAAUCUCGAAAAGUUAUACAUUCACCCCAAUCUUGAAGUCGAAUGCGAAAAAUCUUUAUCUAGUCAAGUAAGACUAGGUCUGAGUCGGUCUAUGAAAGGCGUCAUUGUUUCACUUCGAAGGUCUGCAGUAAGAGUACAUUCUAUUCUCGAUGUGACAUCGAUCCUACAAUUGGGAGACUCCUGAGUCAAGAAUCUUAAACAGCACAGAAUUUGGGCCCGUUAGAGUGGGCACCAGUCGGGUAAAUAGCUGACUCGAGUUCACUGAACAAUCUUUUCUCUUCAAAACGCGAGGUCGACAUAUCCCAUAGUUAGUAC